AUGUUAGGGUUGCCGCUCAAUAAGGCGGCGCCGCAGCCUAGCUACAGUCGCGUGCUGCGCUCCGCCGAGGCGCGUUCGCAACUCUACGCGGGGGUCGCCGAACUCAGCGAGAUUGUCGCUAAAACCAUGGGCCCCAAAGGCCGCAACGUUAUCAUUGAGCGCAGUUUCGCCGACCCGCAAAUCACAAAAGACGGCGUGACCGUCGCAAACGCGGUCACGUUCAAGGAUCCCGUUAAAAACAUGGGCGCGAACUUAGUCAAGAGCGUCACGCGUAAAUCGAACAAUGUCUACGGCGAUGGCACAACCACUGCGACCGUGCUCGCCUCCGCAGUGUUCGACGCGUGCCGCGAGCACACCGACAACGGCAUCGAUGCGAUUGCGCUGUACAAGACGGUGCAGCGGCUCGCCGAGAACGUCAUCAAGUGCGUCAAAGCCGCGGCGAAGCCAGCAACCGUCGAUGAGCUCUACAACGUUGCGCUGAUCAGCGCGAACUACGACGCCGACAUCGCGAAGAUCAUCGCCGACGCGUACCGCAAGCUCGGCCCCGGCGCCAGCAUCACUCUCAGCGAGAGCAAAAAGCCGCAACAUUCGGUUGAGUACCUCGCAGGGCUCAAGCUCGACAAUGGUUUCCACUCGCCGUACUUCGUCAACGACUUCGCCAACGGUUCCUGCAACUUCGACAACUCGCCCGCCGUGCUGCUCCUCGAAGGCAAAUUGUCAAACCUCGCGCCGUUCGUGCCGCUGCUCGAGCAGAUCGCAAAGCGCAACGGCGAGGUUGUGAUUUUCGCAGAUGACGUCGACGAGGAGGUGCUCAAGAGUCUCGUCGUCAACCAGCUGAAAGGCGUCUUGCGCGUCUGCGCAGUCAAGCACCCCGCCUACGGCGAGCAGCGCAAGCGGCUGCUGCAGGACCUCGCUGCGUACACUGGCGCGGCGAUCGUCAACACGAGUCUGCUGGACGAGCAGCAACUUGUGCCUCCGCAGAGCUGCGGUCGCGCGCGGCGCGUGCGCGUGUUUAGCGGCGAGUGCCACCUGUUCAAAGAUGACUUCCACCCCGAGGCGCUGCGCGUACACGAAGCCGUGCUCGAACAGAUGCUGCUCCGCAAGAAUCUUAGCGCGGGCGAACGCACGGACAUCGAGGCGCGGCUCGCGACGCUGCGCGGCAAAGUCGGGCUGAUCGAGGUUGGCGGGCACUCGGAAGUCGAGACCGAAGAAGCGCGGCAGCGCUUCGACGAUGCGCUAGGCGCUGCAAAGGCUGCGCUGAAAAGCGGGCUGGUGCCCGGCGGCGGCAUCGCACUCUACUACGCAGCGAAGGCCGCCUGCGCGCCCGCGCACGCCGACGACGCGCUCACGCAAAUCGCGAAACGAGUAUUGCUGCAGGCGUGCGCCGUGCCUGCGACGCAGAUAUGCAAGAACGCGGGGCUAUCGGCAGAUGAGCUGUUUGCGCAGCUGCGACAAAGCUCUUGCGACGCGUUCGGCUUCGACGCGCGCGCCAGCGAAUUCUGCAACUUAUCAAAGAAGGGUAUCGUCGACCCUUGCGCAAUCGUUGCAGACGCGCUGCGCAACGCGGUUUCCGUUGCGGCGCUGCUGGCAACUACCGAGGCAACGAUUUGCGCCGCCACCGACGCGACUUAA